AUGGUGUCAUCCGGCAGCGGCGUCACAUUCAAGCUCCAUCUCCCUGUGAUCUUGAAUAUUUGCGAUCACUCCGUCCGUGCCAAGUCUCAUCUGCCGUCCUCCACGCAUGGUGCCGGCAAUGGCAUUGAUAUGACCGUAGCGGCCGAUCCUCCAAGAGUGUAUGGGUGCGUGAUCGGAAUCCAGAGGGGUCGCACCGUAGAUAUAUACAACGGCUUCGAGAUUUGCAACCCCGUCACUCAAUUGCUCGAUGGCGCCUUUCUCAACGAGCAGCAAAAGCGCUACAAGGGGAUAUACCCGAAUUUUGAUGUACUAGGAUGGUACUCAACCGGGAGCGAUGUAGCAAAAUCGGAUAUGGCCAUUCACAGAAGUUUGAUGAAUAUCAAUAAAAGCCCCGUGUACGUUCUUCUCAAUCCUCGUGCCCAUAAGGAUCCCCAUGUUACUAUCUACGAAAGUGAGGUGCGUGUCAAAGAUGGGAUUCCGCAUGAAAUUCGAGAGCAUAUAUUUGUUCGUGCUAGCUACACUAUUGAGACGGAAAAAGCAAAAAUGAUAUCAGGCGAUCACGUUGCUCAUCUGAACCCAUCUAAUGGGGAUACAUCGGCAACUGUGGAUCACAAAACAAAGUUACAGAUGUAUGCGCACAAGAGAAAAGUGUCUCAGCCUGUUUAUGAUACCAUCAUUGUUCGAUCUAAAUUUGGAAAAGCAUUUGAAUCAACCGUAUCCAUAGAUGGGGAUUGCUUCACAUCCGAAAUCUUCCCGAAAAAAAAAGAUGCUGAAAAAGAUGCUGCACGACUUGCAUUAUGUCACUUGUCACCGAAGAUGAAGGACGAAGGCUGUCAUCUAAUCCAUGAGGCAGCAGAACCUUCAUCUGCUGCAGGAAAGGAAACUGAAGUUCUUGGAACUAAAGAGGAAGAGCUUAAUGAGAAAGACGAAGAUUUUAAAGAGAAGGAAGAAAAGAGAAAGGAGGAUGAGACUCAGGUGGAGUCUUCUAGCGGAGGAGAAAAGAAGAAGGAAUCUCCCGAAUUGAGUGAGCUAAGGAAUGACGUCAAAAAUCUUAUGGCGCAAAUGAUUGAGCUAAAAGAUUCUCUUCGUACCAUGCAGAGUAGUUUGGGGAAUUACUUGAACCAAGUCGAACAUACUCUGCAUUCCAUGAAGAGUUAUGAUUUGCUCGAGGCUAAUCAGGACCCCUCAAUGACACCUCCAUCCUCUAAGAAAAGAAAAGAAGGGUGA